AGCAGGAGAGAGUCUAUUGGCAAACGCUCCCUGCUGUCACAUGACCCUGCUUCUCCAUUGCCCGGGCUCUUUGCAGCUGUGCGGACAUACAAAGUUGCAUCUUUCUUUUAGGUUAAAACAAAAAUGCCUCCAAGGAAAAACAAACUGCCAGUUCUUUUGCCGGAAGGUUGGAUAGUGACUGACACAAGCAAAAAAAACUGGAGAUUGGGCAAAAAGUUUGGCCAGGGAGGAUUUGGUUUAAUCUAUUUGGCCUCCAAUGUUUGUGAUACACCAGUCCGUGACAAUGCUGCGUACGUCAUCAAAGUGGAGGAUCAUCAGAAUGGACCAUUGUUUUGUGAACUGAAAUUUUACCAAAGAGCAGCAAAACAAGAUGAUGUUAUGAAAUGGAUUCAGAGCCACGAGCUGGAUUAUUUAGGAGUUCCCAAAUACUGGGGAUCUGGGGAAACAACAUUCAAUGCAAAAAGUUACAGAUUCAUGGUCAUAGAUCGCCUUGGUUCGGAUUUGCAGAAUUUACAGAAAAGUAACAGUGGCAGAUUGCCACUUCAAGCAGUCUUGCAAGUUGGCAUACGCAUGUUGGAUGUCCUAGAAUACAUACAUGAACAUGAGUAUGUGCAUGGUGAUAUAAAAGCAGGAAAUGUUCUCUGUCACUUAACAGAUCCCAGCAAGGUUUAUCUUGCAGAUUAUGGACUUUCUUACAGAUACUGCCCUGAUGGGAAACACAAAGAAUAUAAAGAAGACCCAAGAAAAGGCCACAACGGGACACUUGAGUUUACCAGCUUAGAUGCUCACAAGGGGGCCGCCCCGUCCAGACGAGGGGAUCUGGAAAUUCUUUCUUUCUGUAUGCUGCACUGGUUAUCUGGGAGAUUACCCUGGGUUAAGGACUUAAAGGUUCCUUCCAACGUCCAGGCUGCCAAACAAAAGCUUAUGGAUGGAGUCCCGAAUUCAGUCACUGCAUGGUUGGGUCAAGAAGAUGGAUGUAAUGAUAUAGCCAAGUUUAUGGCUGAAGUCAGUACUUUACAGUACAGUGUGAAGCCAAAUUAUAAAAGACUGAAGGGAAUCCUGCUGAACGCUCUUGAGUCUGCUGGAACCAGAUUUGGCGCACCUCUGAUUUUCUCCAGUCAGAGUUCCACCUUCAGAAGACCUAUAGCUGAUAAGACAAAGAUUGAAGAGCUAAAACCACGAGAGUAUAAGGUGCUUGAUGGAGAAGACCACAGCAUACAGCCGAAACUGAAUUCACCAAAACCAUGUCGGUUACAGAAAACACCAAAGCAGGUUAUCAAAACACAAGAAUUAGACUUGUUCAACGGCCAUGAUGAAUAUCAGACACAUUUUGUUGGCAAUGACAACUACGUAAAAGCUAGUAAUCUAAAAAGAAUAAGUCCAUUGGAUUGGCAAAGAGAAGCUGCUGGUAUUCAGGAACCAAAAAUUCAGGUUGGAAAUUCACCACAUCAGGGAAAGUCUGGCCUUGUAGAUCAGAUGCAUGGGGUGGUCCAAGUGUUUUUUCCCAUGCUGCCAGUGUUGAGUUGCAAUGGUCUGGAGAUAAACUGGCCAUAUACCACUACCUCAGAGGAGGCCAUCAUCAGACGCAAGACCCUCAUAUGCAAUCAAAAUCUGAUGAUGGCUGAACCUGGGAGAGACAGAAGUUUGUUGUGGGACAGAGAGAUCAUGGACAGGGUCAUGCCUAAUGGAAGGCCCAGGUACUCUAAUUUGUGAGUUGGUUGAGGAUUCAACCGAACCUCUGCAAUGUCUGCUGGAUAUUGAUUAACAGAGUUAGGGAAGACUGGUCCUUUACUAAGACAUUGUCCAGAGAAUGGAGAAGAGGUAGGGACCAGGGCAAGCACCUUUAAUGAAGAUCCAGGGUACCAUGCACAGGCCUAAGGGAAAGGUGACAGAUUGGUGAUGCCAAGCACCCACAGCAAAAUGCAGAUUGUGUUGGUGAGAAGAUAGGAAUGGGCAAGUAAGCAUCCCUGAUGUCCACAAAGGCCAGGAAUGAGGCAGGCAACAAUAACCUACCUGGCUAAUUUUGUGCAGAAUAUUUGAACCUGCAGGGACAAGUUCCACAUCUUCAGAUUGGUCUACCUGCAGGGAUGCAAGGUGCUUCCUUUUGCCCCAUAAUCUCUUUCAUAUACUUGUCUAAGUUUGUACCAAACAGGCAUUCUCUUUCAAUUGGCAUUUACUCAUGGCACUUCUUGUACAGCCGUUUAGCAUUUGUUUGGGCUAAAGGAAUCUUUCCAUAUGCAUGGAGAGGAGGCUCUUCUGGGAGAUCUGUCAAAUUGUACCUUUAAAACCAUUCAUGCAGUAGCAUAAGGUCACAAGUAAAAGCUCAAUGUGGUGGUGGUGUCUUGCAGACAGCCUGCUAGAUAAAUUGAAGCCUUUUGAGAGGGUUUUUAUCCUCUUAUCCACCACAGGUCCUUUAACACAGGAUCAUCCUUUACAGGGACCCUUUAGUCUUGUUAAGGCAAAAAAAAAAAUGAUGGAUCAACCACAAAGGCUGCUCAUUUCCGUGGGAAACCCCCUUCAAGAAGUAUACUACUGAACAAAAUGUUUAUUAGGGGCAAAGGGUUUUUAAAGAUCAGGUCAAUCACAGUACAAGACUGACUGCUAAGGGCAA